ACGCCAAACGUGCUGGAAAGCCUGUGCAGAUUGCACGUGUGCCGCUCAACAUUUGUUUUUUGUACUUUGAUAAUUUCCAAAUAAUCCGGAGAAAUGACGGCCGUAGAGCCAGCGACAAAGAAGAAGCGCAUCUCGAAGAAGAACAAAUCGGCAUGGCGCAAAACAGACAUCCAGGAUGUCGAGCAGUUCCUCGAAGAUCAGCGCCAGGAGGAGCGCGUUGGAACGUUCGCGGAUAAACAGGAUGAGGAUCUGUUCGUUGUGGACUCCAGCCUCCCGAAGACCAAGGCCACCGUUCUGAGUGUGAAGCAAAAGCGGAAGCUGAAUGCCAAGAAGCCCAUGCGCAGUUACCAGGCUUUGGAGAACACAUCCAAAGUCCAAGAUCCCAUUGCCAAGCGCAACCAUGUGCGCCAGAAGAAGAACGGACGUAACAUCGAGCUGGAGGUGUGCAAUCCAACCAAGCCGCGCCAUCGCCAGGCCAACAGCGAUCGAGCUCAGUACUACGUAAAACUGGAACAGCGUCUGGCCGACAAGAAGAACAAGAAGCUUGAUGUCGAGAAGGACAUCUGGCAGGAGGUGGAUUUUCGCGACGAGAUUCCUGGACUCAAGGACGAGAAGGGUUGGAUCAGUCGCGAACUGGCACUGCACACAGCUGGAAAUAUUGGCAAGAAGGUGGUGAAAACUCACGCUAGUCUGCACCACAAAACCACCAAAGCCAAGAAAUUCGAACUCCCGCAUCCGGGCAUGAGCUACAAUCCCGCACCCGAGGAUCAUCAGGCGCUUAUUGAUCAGGUGGUGGAACGCGAGGAGGGCAUCAUUAAGAAGGAACAGCACCUUAAGCGCGUGACCACCAGCAUGUUCUCCAAGGUGACGCCCGAGGAGAGAGAUCGUCGUCGCCUAAAUGAAAUGAGCCAAGGCAUGGACGAGGAGGAGGGUAGUGAGCUCGAUGAGGAUGUCCAAACGAAUGGGAAGAAAAAGGAGGACGAUGAUGAAAAGCCAUAUCACACAAUCAACGCUCCCGUGGAGAACAAAAAGAAGAGCAAGCAGGCUCGCCGCAACGAGCUCAAGCAAAAGGAGCUGGCGCGUCAAACAGAGCUCAAGAGGAAGCUCAAGCAACAGACGGCUGACCUGAUACGCAUCAAAUCGAUUCGCCACGAGCUAGACGAUGAGGAGGAGGACCUGAAUGAUCUAAAGAAGCGCCGCAAGCAGCGCGCCGAGAAGGCCAAGUUUGAGCCGAAACGCCUGGGGCGUCACAAGUUCGAGGAGCCAGACCUAGACGUAAAUCUGCCCGAGGAUAUCGCCGGAAAUCUGCGCAACGUGAAGACUGAGAGCAGUCUGCUGAAGGACCGCUUCCACACGCUGCAACGCAACAAUAUGUUGCCCACGACAAAGCUCGUCAGCCGCAAGAAGUCCAAGGUCAAGCGCUUCGAGCGCAACUCCCACAAGGAGCCGGGCGUUAGCUAUAAUGACCUCAAGGAACGGCGCAGGGCGGCCGCCGCUGCAGCCAAGGCUACUGCCAAUAUCAAGAUAUAGUUCAGUUAUUAGGUCUCUUUAUUUUUAACGGAGCUUACAACAAUAUGUACUUUUCUAUAGAAUUAAAAUCCACAUUCUUUUUCCCCCCAAACGAAAAAAAUUAUGAACUCUAGAUCAGGGACUUGCCCUGACUGCGUCUCUGUUUCGGAUUGUUCUUCUUUUUCUUCUUGGACAGCGGAGCUGCCAGGUCGCCAUCCUCACGCGUCUCGAUUGGUCCAUCCAGUCGCUUUACGCCACUGAAACGAAAGAGAGGCAAAUACGAAAUAAGUUAUAUUUUUUUUAACUGAGUGAUGUUUAUAAUAAAACGAAACUGGAGACAAAUAAAUAAACGUGGUUAUGUAUUAAGCACAUUAUU